GUCAUGAGCCUCAACUGCUCCUUGUGGCAGGAGAACAGCAUGUUUGUCAAACGCUUUGCAUUUGCCAAAUUCUCUGAGGUCCCUGAGUGGUGUUUCCUCUUGUUCACCCUCAUCCUGCUCAUGUUCCUUGCAUCGCUGACGGGCAAUGUGCUCAUAGCCCUCACCAUCUGGACCACCCCAGGCCUCCACACUCCCAUGUACUUCUUCCUGGCCAACUUGUCUCUCUUGGAGAUUGGCUACACUUGCUCCGUCAUACCCAAGAUGCUGCAGAGUCUUGUGAGUGAGGCCCGAGGGAUCUCUCGAGAGGGUUGUGCCAUGCAGAUGUUUUUCUUUACAUUUUUUGCUAUUAGUGAGUGCAGCCUUUUGGCAGCCAUGGCUUUUGACCGCUAUAUGGCCAUAUGCUCCCCACUCCACUAUGCAACACGAAUGAGUCGUGGGGCGUGUGCCAAUCUGGCAAUGGUUUCCUGGGGGGUGGGAUGCAUGGUAGGCCUGGGCCAGACCAACUAUAUUUUCUCCUUGGACUUCUGUGGCCCCUGUGAGAUAGACCACUUCUUCUGUGAUCUCCCACCCAUCCUGGAACUCGCCUGUGGGGAUACUUCCCAUAAUGAGGCUGCAGUCUUUGUUGUGGCCAUCCUUUGCAUAUCCAGCCCAUUUUUGCUGAUUAUUGCUUCCUAUGGCAGAAUUCUAGCUGCUGUGCUCAUCAUGCCCUCACCUGAGGGCCGCCAUAAAGCUCUUUCCACCUGUUCUUCCCACCUCCUGGUGGUAACGCUUUUCUAUGGCUCAGGAUCUGUCACCUACUUGAGGCCCAAAGCCAGCCACUCACCAGGAACAGACAAGCUCCUCGCCCUUUUCUAUACAGUGGUGACAUCCAUGCUCAACCCCAUCAUCUACAGUUUACGGAACAAGGAAGUCAAGGCAGCUCUCCAGAGAACCCUGGUUCUAAAGAAAAUCAAAACAUUAUCUAAAUUCACUACUAACUUUGAAGUGAACAAAUUUUAA